CGGAGCUCCGGCUCCGCGCGGCGGCCGCCGGGGAGCUCCGCUCAGGUGCGCGGCGAGAGGGGCGCGGGCCGGGACCAGGCGGCGGGCUCAGGGCUGCACGCGCGCAGCGGCAGGAUCUCCGCUGCGGACGCCUGGGUCCCGGGGCCAGCAACGCGUCCGAGGCUGCAGCAGCGGCCGCGGUCCCCCGCCCCCGAGAGCUGGCCUCGCGGCUGGGCCCCGCCCCCCCGACCCCGGGCCCGGCCGCCCCUCCCUCCGGCCGCAGGCACCCGCCCUCGGCCUGCGAUUUCUAAGGCAUUGGCCGCGCCGCGGGGCGAUCCCUCCGGGCUCAAGUUGCAAGGGGGCGUGCCGGGGCCGGAGGUGGAGUCUCCCGCCAAUACAAGCCUCGGCUAUAAAUCGAGCUUCCCGCACGACCGAAACGCAGAUGCCUCGCCAGGCCGCCCGGCCCAGCGUGGCGGGAGAAGGCAGCGGGUCCCGGGGGGCUUCGGGGGCCGCAGCCACCAUGCUCCGCUCCCUGCUGCUUCACUCCCUGAGGCUGUGCGCCCAGACCGCCUCGUGCCUCGUGCUCUUCCCGCGCUUCCUCGGCACGGCCUUCAUGCUCUGGCUGCUCGACUUCUUGUGCAUCCGCAAGCAUCUCCUGGGUCGCGGCCACCGGGGGCAGCCCGAACCUGAAGUGGAGCUCACCGGUGAUGGCGAGGAGGUUCCUCCCGACGACCCGCCCGUCUGCGUGUCCGACGACAACCGCCUGUGCACCCUGGCGUCGCUGAAGGCCGUGUGGCACGGCCAGAAGUUGGAUUUCUUCAAGCAGGCGCAUGAGGGCGGUCCCGCACCCAACUCCGAAGUGGUCCUGCCCGAGGGCUUCCGGAGCCAGCACAUCCUUGACUACGCGCGAGGAACCCGCCCACUGGUGCUCAAUUUUGGCAGCUGCACCUGACCACCGUUCAUGGCGCGAAUGAGCGCCUUCCAGCGCCUGGUUACCAAGUACCAGCACGACGUCGACUUCCUCAUUAUCUACAUUGAGGAAGCGCACCCCUCCGAUGGCUGGGUGACCACAGACUCCCCUUACAGCAUCCCGCAGCACAGAAACCUGGAGGACCGGGUCAUCGCAGCACGGGUACUGCAGCAAGGUGCACCCAGCUGCUCUCUCGUCCUAGACACCAUGGCCAACUCCAGCAGCUCGGCCUAUGGCGCCUACUUCGAGCGCCUCUACGUUGUCCAGAGUGGCACCAUUAUGUACCAGGGCGGCCGUGGCCCCGACGGCUAUCAGGUCUCCGAGCUGCGUUUCUGGCUGGAGCGCUAUGAUGAGCAACUGCGCAGCGCACAGCCCCGUCGAGUGUAAAUAACCAACAAACGAUUGACUGAACUUGACAGCCAUGCCUUCGAAUCUUUGAAGACCACGUGCAAAUGUCCCAAAGGAAGUCAGGCUGGCAAAGGCCCAAUGACACAGCUGUGCUGAGCCACAGGUGACAGGCUGAGUCUGUGCCCUCUCAGCCAAACCACUUGAAGACUUUCCCCUUCCUCCCAGGACCCUGCUUCUGUGACCGUCCCUCUCGUGUACCUGUGUGGCUGGCUUCAAGUCCCUUUCUGAAUGUGGAUGGGGCACCACCCUUGCCUGUGUGCCCCUGGACUUGUCCCUACAGAACCCCUGCCAUGCUGUCACACACACACACACACACACCCUUUCAGUCAGGCAUGGCAGCCUGGGCAGAGACUUUGGCCAAGCCUGCCCUCCUGAGCGCAGCUGGGCUCCAAGGGCAUUUUAGACUUCCCCUAGUUGCCUGGCACCCACACCUGUCGCUCACCAGGAGGGGACGCCCUGCUGCUUUUGUGUCUAUUUCUUGUCCCUGAGUUGAGGGAGAAACCUUGGGGUGGGGAAGAGUGAGCAGGGUUGUUUCCCCGCAUUUUUGGGUGUUCACGAGCCCCACUGCUGAUGACGAACAGUCUCUAACUGGUCUUGACCACGAGCUGGUUCUGAAUUGCAGGGGCUUGCAGCGGCGCCUAAAACGAGAGGGGGAAAGGGCUCUGAGUGUCUGUGAGGGAACAAGUGUAACUGGGGAGGGAGAGGGAGGUUUGGGGACGGUUUCCUAACCAGAGAAAACGGUUUGAGAGCCAUUGGCCGGGUUCGCAGCUCCCCCAGAUAGAAGGAUGAGGCUGGAGCUCCUGGGAAACGGGGGGUAGGGGGCUGGAGAGCGGGACGGGAUAUUGAGUGAUGGAGUCCGGGGGCAGGGAAAUGGGGGAGAGCCCGGAGAUGCUGAGUAAGGGGCCUCUAGGCAGAGCUGCCGCUUGUGGGGCCGGGAGGUGUGGGACCCCUGAUUCAAAGGUGAGUGUUUUGCUGGAAAUACUCCCUGUAUAUGAACUUCAGUUACGCUGCGUUAAUAAAGGUUGGAAGUAAACUGCU